AUGGAUGCCUCGAUUGUUAAGAGGUUGAACGAUAGAGUGUACGAUAAGAGAAAGAAUGCCGCUAAGGAGCUGGAAGAACAGGUGAAAGUGUUUGUAAAGACUGAUCCAGACAAGAUCAAUGCGAUCAUUGGUCAGCUGUCGAAGGACUUUGCAUAUGCUGUUCAUAAGCCCGAUGCUCGUAACGGUGGACUGAUUGGACUGGCUGCAACGGCGAUCGCACUGGGGCAGCAAGAGCUGGCUCAGCAUUUGGACGAUAUCAUCCAUCCUGUCCUCGCGUGUUUUGGCGAUCAGGAUGCUCAAGUAAGGUACUAUGCAAGUGAGUCGCUGUUCAACAUUGCAAAGGUUGCAAGAGGUGAGAUCUUGAGAUACUUCAAUGAGAUCUUUGACGUUCUAUGUAAACUUAGCGCGGACUCGGACGUGAGCGUCAAAAGCGGUGCAGACCUCCUGGAUAGGUUGAUUAAAGAUAUUGUCCAUGAUAAUGCGUCAAGCUAUAUCUCGAUCAUACCAAUGGAUCCAGAGGGGGAUUAUAAAAGGGCAACACAAGCGACGUAUACUUCAAAUGGAGAGACUUUGCAGUUCCAGCCUCAACAGAAUGCAAGGGCGUUUUCAUUGCCGAAAUUCAUACCGCUUCUAAUGGAGAGAAUUAACACAAUCGAUCCAUUUACAAGGGUAUUUCUCGUCUCCUGGAUCACAACGUUGAACGCUGUGCCAGACCUCGAAUUAGUGUCUUAUUUGCCAGCGUUUCUAGGCGGAUUGCUGAAUUUCCUGGGUGAUUCACACACAGAUGUGAGGGUAAUUACUCAAAGUGCCUUGGACCUUUUGCUCCAUGAGAUUAGAAGAAUAUCAGAGAUUCAAAAACUUGUGGAACAAAACAUGGCACAAUCCUCGAAUGCAAACAGUGAUGAUGAAGGUGAUGAAAAGAAUGUAAACGAUGACUCUUUACUCAAACACAAUGGUGAACUGUACAUCCCUGGUCAAGAUGUACGUUUGGACUAUCCAAAGAUCCUGGAAAUUUUGAUUUCUCACAUAGAUGCCUCAGAUGCAAAGAUUCAAAUCGUUGUUCUUAAUUGGCUUGAAUCGUUAUUGGAGAUCUCUCCAAUGUCCUUCAUUCCCUACCUAUCCAAAUUGUUAUCCGUGAUAUUGUUGACAAUGGCAAAUAACGAUAAUUCAACGCUAAAACAGAACUCAAAAGAUUUCAAUUCGGCAUUGAUGGAGUUAAUUAAAGACCUUGGUGAAGCAGAAGAAAAGAGGUUGAAUUAUUCGUCAACGAUUAACCAACUCACGUCACAUUUUUUAAACGAAAAUGAAGAAACAAAGAUGGCCGUCUUAGAUUGGCUCAAGAUGCUUUAUCAGAAAUCACCAGAACAGCUAUUAACAAGAGGCGAUGAGUUGUUCACCGUCUUAUUAAAAGCGUUGUCCGACUCAAACGAACAAGUCAUACAUAAAGAUUUACAAUUGCUCUCUGAAGUUUCUCAUUCAAGCGAUGAUAAAAGCUUUUCAUACAUAAUGGUGAACCUCCUAGAUCUCUACAAAAAAGAUCAAAGGCUUCUGGAGACGAGAGGAAACUUCAUCUUGAGAAAGCUCUGUAUUUCUUUGGACCCUGUAAGAGUAUACCAAACUUUGGGGAAUGCACUGGAAAAUGAGAAGGAUAUCACAUUUGCAAGUAUCAUCAUUCAGAUUCUGAACAACAACUUAAUCACUGCUCCAGAAUUGUCUCCGCUAAGACGAAAACUUCGUAAAAACGAUGACAACUGGGUUCUGUUUACAAGCUUAUUCAAAGCUUGGUGCCAUAAUGCACCCGCAACUUUGGCAUUGUGUCUAUGGGCACAAGCGUACGAGUUAGCAUAUGCGGUGUUACAGAUUUUUGUUGAGUUUGAGAUUACUGUAAAUACGUUGGUGCAGAUUGAUGUACUUGUUCAACUUUUAGAAUCGCCAGUUUUCACAAGGGUAAGACUUCAACUUCUGGAACCAGAGAACCACCCAUAUUUGUACAAAUGUCUCUACGGUAUCUUAAUGGUUCUACCUCAGUCGUCUGCCUUCUCUACUCUAAAGAACAGGUUGAACAGUGUUAACGUUAUCACCAGUUUCCCACAAGUUGGACAAGAACGUUUAGAUGAUACGAGCUCCUUGAAAUCAACUCAUCACUGGGAUGAUCUCCUAAAUAAGUUUAGCAAAGUUCAACAGUUGAAAGAGGAUCAAGUCUUGGAGAACGCAACUUCAAUUAACAACGUCAAGAACUUGCCCAAAUAUGAUGUAUCAACGCCAUCUGUGGAAUUGAGAACACCAACCGCAGACACUGAUCAGUCGCUCAGUACACCAAAGCCAAAGGAUUUGAAAAGUGCAGUGCGCAAAAUAUCAGGAAGGUCGUUCGUUCUUAAAGGAUUCGGAGGUGAUCGUUAA